CAUUGUUAUACUUCCCGCUGCUUAACGAUCCAUUACUCCUUCAUCAUGCGCGCUGCAUUUAUUAUUUUGUUGAUUGUCAUCAUUGGUGUUUCCUGUCAAGAGCCCCGUUAUCAAUCGCCGCAUCAAGCGGCAAUUUUGAGCGACGCGCGGUAUCUCGCGGGUGAUGGCACAUUUGGUGCGGCCUAUUCUCAAGAAGACGGCGUUGAAUUUAAAGAGGAGAGCGAUGUAGAAGGUAACCGACGUGGAUCAUAUUCGUAUGUCGAUCCAACCGGGCAAAGGCGCACUGUCACCUAUACGGCGGGAAAGAAUGGUUUCCAGGCGACUGGGGAUCAUAUUCCCACCGCACCUCCGCAGGUACCACCGCAGCCGGAAUACGUACCGUUGUCGCAGUAUAAUCCACCGGAUUAUCAACCCCCGAGUUACGCGCCACCACCUCUUCAGCAGUAUCCACGGCGCUAUCAACCGGCGGAUUAUGAACCGCAGCCUGCCGUUUACCAGCCGCAGCCUCCACCGCAAUAUCGAUACCGACCGCAGCCGCAACCUAGUUAUGAUCAUCCCUCGGAAUUACAAAGUAUACCCUCGCACGCACCUCCGAGGCCGCAUUACCAGCCUCAGCUUCGUCCCGCGCCGCAGUACAACGCGAUAACGACACCGGCGCCCCGAAAUUUCUCUCCACCGGGAAAGCUCAGUUUCAACCGAACCCCUGAUGGCUUCUCUUACACGUUCAGUAAAAGUUAAAUGGCAUAUAAAUUAAAUGGAAGAUGCGGCGAUGCAUUUACAACGCGAUAUUAAGCUAUAAGUAAAGUUUUUAAUGUGAUAAAAGAUACACACAUAACUUCGAUGCACAUAUAACUUCGAAUCUUAACAGAUCAAGAUCUACCAUUAAUUAAAAAAGAAUUCAAGAUUUUAAAUACAAGCGUCGAAUAUAUACCUAUAUCAACGAAUAACAAAAAAAUAACUAAGAAAAAUGUAUCAAGUGUGAAAAAAUAUCAUUUAUUUCAAAAUCAUCGUCGUGAUAUUCGUUUUCGUUUUUAUCUCAAAUCUUUAAUUAAUCAUAAAUUUAACGUACACGAUUGAUAUAAUAAUUAUUACGUUUUUCUUCUUGUAUCUCUAUUAGCAA